GGCUGUAACUCCAGCCAGCUGCCGGAGAGCAGAAGACCACCUCUCUCUUGCCUGCCUCUCUGCUCUCCCUGUCCCCUCUCUGGGCCGACCCUACCUUCUCUUGUUAGCGGGGAUCCGCGGCCAGCGACAUGAGGCUGGCUCGCACUCUACUCCCCCUGCUGCUGCAGGCCUGCUGGGCCACCGCCCAGGACGUAGACGUCCCAGCCAACUCGAAGGCCAUUGCGUUCCAGGACUGCCCAGUGGACCUGUUUUUUGUCCUGGAUACUUCGGAAAGUGUGGCCUUGAGGCUGAAGCCCUAUGGGGCCCUGGUGGAUAGGGUGAAGGCCUUCACCAAGCGUUUCAUCGACAACCUGAGAGACAGGUACUACCGGUGUGACCGCAACCUGGUGUGGAACGCAGGCGCACUGCACUACAGUGACGAGGUGGAGAUCAUCAAGGGACUUACCCGCAUGCCAAGCGGCCGCGAUGAGCUCAAGAGCAGCGUGGAUGCCGUCAAGUACUUCGGCAAGGGCACCUACACUGACUGCGCCAUCAAGAAGGGGCUGGAGGAGCUGCUUGUCGGGGGCUCCCACCUGAAGGAGAACAAGUACCUGAUCGUGGUGACAGACGGGCACCCCCUGGAAGGUUAUAAGGAGCCAUGUGGUGGCCUGGAGGAUGCCGUCAAUGAGGCCAAGCACCUGGGCAUCAAAGUCUUCUCAGUGGCCAUCACGCCUGACCACCUGGAGCCCCGGCUGAGUAUCAUCGCCACCGACCACACAUACCGGCGCAACUUCACAGCGGCCGACUGGGACCAGACGAGGGAUGCGGAGGAGGCCAUCAGACAGACCAUUGACACCAUCAUCGACAUGAUUAAAGAUAACGUGGAGCAAGUGUGCUGCUCCUUCGAGUGCCAGCCUGCCAGGGGACCUCCUGGACCAAGGGGUGAUCCUGGGUACGAGGGAGAGCGUGGGAAGCCGGGGCUGCCAGGAGAGAAGGGAGACGCUGGAGACCCCGGAAGGCCGGGGGACCUGGGACCUGUCGGCUACCAGGGAAUGAAGGGAGAAAAAGGAAGCCGUGGGGAGAAGGGCUCGAGGGGACCCAAGGGCUACAAGGGUGAGAAGGGCAAGCGAGGCAUCGAUGGUGUGGACGGCAUGAAGGGGGAAACUGGGUACCCAGGACUGCCAGGCUGUAAGGGCUCACCCGGAUUUGACGGCAUCCAAGGACCCCCGGGGCCCAAGGGAGAUCCUGGCGCAUUCGGACUGAAAGGAAAUAAGGGAGAGCCUGGCACGGAUGGAGAACCUGGGAAGCAGGGGAGCACGGGGCCCCCUGGAGAUGAGGGCGAGCCAGGAGAGCCAGGUCCCCCAGGAGAGAAAGGAGAAGCUGGGGAUGAGGGGAACCCAGGACCAGACGGACCCCCCGGGGAGAGGGGUGGCCCUGGAGAAACAGGACCACGGGGGACACCUGGCCUGAGGGGCCCCAGAGGAGACCCGGGCGAAGCUGGACCCCAAGGUGACCAGGGAAGAGAAGGCCCGGUCGGCGUCCCUGGGGACCCGGGCGAGGCUGGCCCUAUCGGGCCUAAAGGGUACCGAGGUGACGAGGGACCCCCAGGGCCUGAGGGUACCAGAGGUGUUCCAGGACCUGCAGGCCCCCCUGGUGACCCUGGGUUGAUGGGCGACAGGGGUGAAGAUGGCCCCCCAGGAAAUGGCACCGAAGGCUUCCCCGGCUUUCCUGGGUAUCCAGGCAACAGAGGCCCUCCUGGGAUUAACGGCACUAAAGGCUACCCUGGCCUCAAGGGGGAUGAAGGUGAUGCUGGGGACCCAGGAGAGGACAACAAUGAUCUUUCACCCCGAGGUGCCAAAGGAGCCAAAGGGUACCGGGGCCCUGAAGGCCCACAGGGACCCCCAGGACAUACAGGACCACCGGGACCCGACGAGUGCGAGAUUUUGGACAUCAUCAUGAAAAUGUGCUCUUGCUGUGAGUGCAAGUGUGGCCCCAUCGACAUCCUCUUCGUGCUGGACAGCUCUGAGAGCAUCGGCCUGCAGAACUUUGAGAUUGCCAAGGACUUCAUUGUCAAGGUCAUCGACCGGCUGAGCCGAGAUGAGCUGGUGAAGUUUGAGCCGGGGCAGUCGCACGCGGGUGUGGUGCAGUACAGCCACAACCAGAUGCAGGAGCAUGUGGACCUGAGCAGCCCCAACAUCAGGAACACACAGGAACUGAAGGAAGCCAUCAAGAAGUUGCAGUGGAUGGCGGGGGGCACGUUCACAGGCGAGGCCCUACAGUACACCCGGGACCGGCUGCUACCACCCUCCUCAAACAACCGCAUUGCCCUGGUCAUCACGGACGGCCGCUCAGACACCCAGAGGGACACCACACCCCUCAACGUGCUCUGCAGCCCUGGCAUCCAGGUGGUCUCCGUAGGCAUCAUGGACCUGUUCGGCUCCUCUCCGAGCUCUGACCAGCUGAACGUCAUCUCCUGCCAAGGCCUGUCAUCCCAACCCCGGCCAAGCAUCUCAAUCGUCAAGAAUAACUUCGCAGAGCUGCUGGAAGACAGCUUCCUGAAGAAUGUGACUGCUGAGAUCUGCAUAGAUAAGAAAUGUCCAGAUUACACCUGCCCAAUCACGUUCUCCUCCCCGGCCGACAUCACCAUCCUGUUGGACGGCUCGGCCAGUGUGGGCAGCCACAACUUCGAGACCACUAAGCGUUUUGCCAAGCGCCUGGCUGAGCGCUUCCUCACAGCGCAGCGCGGGGACCCUCCCCACGACGUGCGCGUGUCCGUGGUGCAGUACAGCGGCACGGGCCAGCAGAGGCCCGACCGGGCAGCCCUGCAGUUCCUGCAGAACUACACGGUGGUUGCCAGCAACGUAGACAGCAUGAGCUUCCUCAAUGAUGCCACCGAUGUCACCGACGCCCUGCGCUACGUCACUCGCUUCUACAGAGAGGCCUCUUCGGGCGCUGCCAAGAAGCAGCUGCUGUUGUUCUCAGACGGCAACUCACAGGGCGUCACGGCCGCAGCCAUUGAGAAGGCUGUGCAGGAGGCCCAGCAGGCAGGCAUUGAGAUCUUCGUGGUGGUGGUGGGUCGCCAGGUGAACGAGCCCAACAUCCGUGUACUGGUCACUGGCAAGACGGCGGAAUAUGACGUGGCCUUUGGCGAGCGGCACCUGUUCCGCGUGCCCAGCUACGAGGCCCUGCUUCGGGGUGUCUUCUACCAGACUGUCUCCAGGAAAGUGGCGCUGGGCUAGUGUCCAGCCAUGGGCACAACCAUCAGCUCCUUUCCCACGUCUUCCCCGCCCCUCACUACAAUACAAGUAAACUCGUGAUGUGAAUUUUCCUCAUCGACCUAGAUUUUCUAAAAGGAAAAGUUUGAACAGCCACACAAUGGGAUGUGUUCUGCAUAACCCGCCCCCUCCUCUUGCCCCUUCUUCCUGUGUUUACAUCUUCUCUCUCACCUGGAUCUGCCCCAGCCUUCCUCCCCUGCAAAUCGAAACAGCUCCCUCUGUGACUUAGCAUCCCUUGGAUCUCCUUUCUACUCCGACCAACCUGAGCCAGAAGGCCCUGAAGUCUAGUUUUUUGUUUUUUUUUUUUUCUGGGAUGUUAGUUGCACAUGGCAUUCUCUCCCCCACCUUCCGCAUAGCUUAAUUUUUUCACUGACUGUACUUAAGUCUUCAUUUAACAUUUCAUUUACACUUAAAGCAAACUUUACUACUUAAUUCUCAUGAGCUGUCGGGCUGUGUUUCAUUUUUGGGAAACCAAAAUUGAGAGGAUUGUUUUUUAAAAAACAAAAAUCUUGAUGAGUCAACACUUUUUUAAGGUUCUUGCCCCUAACUGACUCUGGACCUUGAUGUCCUCAGCCCCUGGGGAGCUCCAUGGCUCAAGGCAGAUCAGAGAGGAGCAACUCAUUCACCUCAUAUCCUUUCAGAUUCUAAGAAUAAAGGUGCUACCCCUGCUAAGGGGUCUUCCUCCUCACGUUGCACAUUCAAGACCUGGGUCUUGACUGAGCACACUGAGUCAUUUCCACGGAGGCAUGAGCAAUGUGUUUAAUUAAAAACAAUCCAAGGCUCUUUUCCCUCAAAAUAGUGAUCUGUUCUAUAUUUUAGUGAAGAUCCUCUUUAGAUGUUAGAGUUUUAUUUUUACUCCUUCCAGUGUUUUUUCUCAACCAUGUUCAUGUCAACAGUUCUUCCAAAUAAAGUUUUUCCGUCUCCUGUC